CUUAUCACUGUGUUUGCAAGGAGCCUGCGACAUGCCUCGCAGCCCGACAAACCAGUCCGGCACCAUGUGGAGGGCGGCAUUUGUUGUCGUGGCAGCAGCGCUGUGCUUGUCGCCGCUGGCCAGCGCCUACGUGCAGUUUCCUCUCGGACCCUCGGGCCUGAUCAACAACGCGCAGGCCGGCCGCACGCUGGCCGCCGCCACCAGCCUGUCCAACGGCCUCAAGUCGCUUCUGGGGCAGGCGGCGGACGCGGGCGGCGGCGCAGAGCUGCUGGGCGUCAACAUCACCGCAGACUGGGGCCACGACGCCUACAAGUCCAGGCUGCUGGCUGACGCGGUGGAGUCGUUCAUCUACCUGUACGCGCCGGCCGUGGUUACCGCCACCGGCCGCAACUGGCCGCUGGGCCCCGACUUCUCACACAGCCAGGCGCUGGCCUCACCCGCGGGCCGCGGCACCGCGCCCAACUGGGACACGGUCUACUCCGUCAGCCGCGCCGAGCUGAGCCUGGGCCCCUUUGAGCUGCGCUGGCCGGCGCUCAAGGACCGCUUCUACUCGGUGGUCGUCUACGACGCCUACCAGAACGUGGUGGUGUCGCUGGGCAGCGCUCAGCACGUGACCGACGGCGGCAGCCUGCUGCUGCUGGGCCCCACCUCCCCCCGCGAGGCCGCCGCCGCAUACCGCCUGCAGCAGCUGGCGGCGGGGCCGCGCACCGUCACCGGCGGCGCGCCGUACUCCGAGGUGGUGGACUUCCCCACCGACAUUGCGCUGGUGCUGCUGCGCGUGGCGGUCAACAACCAGACCGCCACGCUGGAUGCCGAGGACAGCGCCGCGAUCAAGGCCUUCCAGGCCGGCACCUCGCUCAAGCCCUACCGCUUCACGCCGCCCGCCAACGCCAGUACCCUCUUCGCGCGCGCCCCGGGCGGUGUGCCGGCGCUUCAGCAGCUGUCCGUGGAUCCGGCCACCUGGUACGGCUGGGCCGCAGCCGUCGUACAGCAGUACCCCGCGCCGCCCUCCACACUGGCCGAGCCCAUCGCCGGCAAGCUGCGCCGCUUCGGCCUCCUGCAGCCCGGCUUCAACCUGAGCGCGCUGCCGUCGGAGCACCAGGCGGCUCUGGCGCUGGCCGUCCGGGUGGGUAACCGGCUGCUGGACGCGGGCACACUGUACGGCUUUGAGUACGAGUGGGCCAGCGGCUGGCAGGUCACCACCCGCAGCUGGGGCGUGUACGGACACGACUACUUCACCAACGCCGUUGUGGCCAAGAGCUUCAUCAUCCCCAACACGGGCGUGGACGCCGUGUACGCGGUGGCCUACUGGGACGCCGACGGCGCGCCGCUGGACGGCUCCGGCAACGCCACCUACACCUGGCGGGUGCCCGGCGGCCAGCUGCCGUACGACCCCGCCCUGGGCUGGUGGAGCUUCAUCGUGUACGACGGCAAUGCCACGCUGGUUGAGAACCCGCUGCAGCGCUACGGCGUGGGCGACCGCCUGACGGGCCUGCGCUACGCCGCCAACGGCGACCUGGUCCUCGCCCUGUCCGCCGACCCGCCCGCACCCAACACCACCGAGCUGGCCAACUGGGUGGCCACCCCGCGCGGCGCCUUCUUCGCAGUGCUGCGGCUGUACGCCCCCAACCGCGACUACAUCGACGGCAAGCUGGGGCUGCAGCCGCUGGUCAAGAAGCCGCAGCCCGUGGUGACGCCGUCGCCGUCGCCGUCGCCGUCGCCGUCGCCGUCGCCGUCGCCGGCACCGGCGCCCAAGCCGUCCCCCUCUCCCUCUCCCUCUCCCUCUCCCUCGCCCUCUCCCUCGCCCUCUCCCUCGCCCUCGCCUUCGCCCUCGUCCGGCCCCGGCAAUGCGCCUUCGUCCGGCCCCGGCAAUGCGCCUUCGUCCGGCCCCGGCAAUGCGCCUUCGUCCGGCCCCGGCAAUGCGCCUUCGUCCGGCCCCGGCAAUGCGCCUUCGUCCGCCCCCGGCAAUGCGCCUGCGCCCAAGCCCGGCGGCGCGCGCCGCCGCCUGGUGUGAUGCGGCCUAGGUGCCGUGGUUGCAUCGUGUUGAGGGGCCGGCGACGUGAUGCAGCGUGCGUGGUUGAUGCAUGGACGUGAUGCGGUAGGGCUUGGCGGAGCGUGGUGACCUGUACAAACUUGUAUAUGUUGUACCGUUUAUGUAUUCUGUAUAAUAUGUGUAGGGCUACAACCGCCCAAGCUGCGGUGUGUGUGCGUGUUAAAGAGCUCAAGGAAAUGUGUUUGUGUGCCAAUGCACCAAUGGCCACUUGCCUGCAGCAGCGCAUAGCUGCCAUAUGCCCGCACGCAGUGAUGCAUGUGUGUGUGUGUGUGUGUAUGAUUGUGUGCCCGGCGCCCCUACUACCCCGGCAUUUCGUGUAGGGCUUGGGUCGCGUGCUGCGGCACGCGCACACACGGCCUGAAGAAGUUUCAAGAGCGAUCUGCCCGGCUGCACGACAGGCAAUAUCUCGUACGCCACCAAAGCAUGCAUACCCCACCACGUGCGAUCGCCGCGCGGCGCAAGAGCAAUCCGUGCGGCGGGAGUCUGGUGGUCCGGUAUGUACGAUCGCCGCAAGAGCAAUCCAUACGGCGGGAAUCUGGUCGGUGGUCUGACUCUUCCCACUGUGAUCCGUCGGCACUUGUAACGUCAUCCCUCC